UAUAAGUGGUCAUUCCUUGUUGUGCUGCAGUGAAACGCAGACGGGAAUCGGACUGUAGGAGAUAUUUAAUAAUAAUGAAUACUUAUAUUUUUGUUGGUGUGUUAGCGUCAGCUGUUUUCAUCGUUCAUGGACAGUCUUCUCUUGGAACUUGCACCAGACCAAAUGGAGAAGAAGGUAUGUGCGUCCGAUACCACGACUGCCCAAGCAUGGUGGCGAUGCUCGCCAGCCCUACGCGGAAUAUCGGGGAACUGAAGAAGUAUGGUUGCGGAUUUGAUAAGAAAACGCCUAAGGUUUGCUGCGAUCACAACUGCUACACACCAGAAGGCAACCCGGGAAAGUGCGAAGAAAUAAAUAAUUGCAAACAUUUGUCUGAUAUGGUUAGAUCUACAAAUAGAAACGAUAUUGCUUACGCAAGAAACUCCAGGUGCCUGACUGGCAAACGCACCGUGUGCUGUGGCCCUCCCCCCGCGGAGGAGCUGUCCAGGGCCAGCGCAGACUGUCCAGACAUGACGACGGCGUUCCCGCCGCACAUCGACAGCUCAUGCUGCGGUGUAGAUGCUAACUCUGCCUCGAGGAUUUUUGGUGGUAACGAUACUGCCAUAGACGAGUACCCUUGGAUGGCGCUCCUCGAGUACAAAAGGAAGGACAAUGGCCUGAUCAAGACGUACUGCGGCGGAGCUCUCAUCAGCAACCGAUACGUGGUCACCGCCGCCCAUUGUAUCAAAGGGAAGGGUGCUUGGCCACCUAUAAACGUCCGUCUAGGGGAGUACGACACCAGCUCUGAACGUGACUGCGUGGAUUCCGACUGCGCGGAUCCGGUCGUCACCAUCGGCAUCGAAGACAUCAUCACACACCCAGAGUACAAUGCUGAUAACAGCCGGCACGAUAUUGCUCUAAUUAGGCUAGCUAGUCCUGCACCUUAUACAGACUUCAUUCGUCCAAUAUGUCUGCCUGCCUCGGACAUCUCGAGUCAAGACCCAGCUGAUCUGGAAGCGUACGUAGCUGGAUGGGGAAAGGUGAACAUGACCACCAAGAGUACGAUCAAGCAAGACCUCAAAGUACCGAUUAUUAAGACAGAGGAUUGUCAAAAGAGCUUCACCUCGCGCCUAUCCAAACCACCGACACUCUGGAGCUAUCAGCUCUGCGCCGGCGGCGAGGCGGGGAAAGACACCUGCAACGGCGACUCCGGCGGCCCCCUGAUGCUGAGCACCGGGACCCGGCACGAGCUGGUGGGCGUGGUCAGCUUCGGGCUCGUGAACUGCGGCACGGAGGGCCUGCCCGGGGUCUACACUAGCGUCUAUCCGUACUCCGCGUGGAUACGGAGGCACUUGCGGCCCUAGUUCAUUUAGAACUGCUAUUAACCGCCUGGAGUCGCACGAUUAGGAGGGCCGACCCCAAAUAAAAUGGGAAUGGGCCUGGCAAAGAAGAAGAAUUAUUAAAAUAAUGAAACUUAUGUAUUGUGU